AUGUUCUCGCGCCCGAUCUCCUCAUGGGGUCGGCUUCCCUGGUCGGGUAUCGGCCUCCGCCCGGCCACCAUGACAAAUACACGAUGUGUUGACUCUGGGAGGAGAUUCUUCACUCGCAGUUCAUGCCUCCGGCAGAAUAUCAACGCACCGUUCAAUACGCCGCAGUCGCAAAAGCGCAAUGCGUCGACGAUGUACUAUGCGGCCAGUCUUAUUCUCGGAACCGUUGCGCUUGCCUAUGGCUCCGUCCCUCUGUACAAAAUGAUCUGCCAACAAACCGGUUGGAACGGUCAACCUGUACUCACUCACCGUGGAGGCGACAAUGAUACCUCUUCCCGCGUCACUCCGGUCACCGACUCCCGUCGUUUGAGAAUCACAUUUAAUGGAUCAGUUUCGGAUGUUCUGCCGUGGAAGUUCACCCCGCAACAACGUGAAGUUCGAGUUCUUCCAGGCGAGACAGCGCUUGCGUUCUUUACGGCGACGAACAAGGGCCCGACGGAUAUCAUUGGUGUAGCGACGUACAGUGUCACUCCCGGACAAGUUGCUCCUUACUUCAGCAAGAUCCAAUGCUUUUGCUUCGACGAGCAGAAGCUGAAUGCUGGAGAAUCGGUUGACAUGCCGGUGUUCUUCUUCAUCGACCCCGACUUUGUCAAAGAUCCGGCCAUGAAGGGCAUUGAUACGAUUACGCUCUCAUAUACCUUCUUCAUCAGCGUAGCGCACGGACCGCCAAUUAAGCUCGCGUUCGACAAACUGCGACCGCGGUCGCUAGAUGCCCUCACAUACCACCCCGAGCUGUCCGCGCGACUGAAAUCAUUGGCGCAAAGUGGCGACUUCCCUCAUCUGCUCAUGUAUGGUCCUUCAGGUGCAGGCAAAAAGACACGAACAAUCGCGACGCUUAAAGAAUUGUACGGUUCCGGAGUCGAAAAGAUCAAGAUCGACGCCAGAGUCUUCCAAACGACAAGCAACCGCAAGCUCGAGUUCAACAUAGUGUCUUCGGUCUACCACUUGGAGAUCACCCCAUCGGAUGUUGGGAACUACGAUCGUGUUGUGGUUCAAGAGCUGCUGAAGGAGAUUGCACAAACCCAGCAGGUUGAUCUCUCGGCGAAACAGCGCUUCAAGGUCGUUGUGAUCAACGAGGCCGAUCAUCUCACCCGUGAUGCGCAGGCAGCGCUGAGACGGACAAUGGAAAAAUAUAGUCCCAACUUGAGGUUGAUUUUGUUGGCGAAUAGCACUUCGAAUAUCAUCGCCCCUAUCCGGUCCCGUACCCUGCUGGUCAGGGUUGCUGCUCCGAGUGAGGAGGAUAUCUGCACUGUUUUGAAGAACGCGGCUAAGAAGGAGGGAUGGCCUGAGGCGAGUGGGUUGAAUAAGAGGAUAGCUAAGGAGAGUGGACGUAACCUUCGUCGCGCGCUUCUUAUGUUCGAGGCUAUUUAUGCUCAGAAUGAGAAAGUUACGGACAACACGCUCAUCCCACCACCCGACUGGGAAGCGCUGAUUGCGUUGAUAGCUGAGGAGAUCCUGGCAGAGCGGUCACCGGCUCGUCUGUUGCAAGUCCGCGCACGGUUAUACGAUCUUUUGACGCAUUGCAUACCACCGACUACCAUUAUCAAGUGUCUGACAUUCAACCUCAUUACAAAGGUCGACGAUGCUCUAAAGCCCGAUGUCAUCAGGUGGUCGGCAUUCUAUGAGCACAGGAUCACUCAAGGCAGCAAAGUAAUCUUUCACCUUGAGGCAUCCGUUGCCAAGUUCAUGCGCAUAUACGAAAGUUAUCUGAUGGGCAUGGAAUUCUAA